GCAGCUCCAUGGUGGGGUCUUGGCUUGGCGAACUACUACGUACCUUCACGUUGAACGCUGCGUCGCAGAUUUUCGCGCAAGUCCAAUCUUGCCAGCACUUUUAGUAUCAAGUCAACUCACUCUCGUUAUGUGAGAAUCGACUUCACGUUCAGGGAUCUCAGCUUUAGCUCCGGAUGUACUCGCUACCUACCUGAUUCACAGAUACUAGAGAGUCUCUUUCCGAUUUCAACCUUACAGCUCGCAACCAGUCAAUCAGCUCAGCCGGCAGUCGACCCCCAUAACGCCCCUUCGUACCCGAAAACAUGGACGGACUCGCCGAUCUUGCCUCAACAAUAGGAAACCGCUUUGCCACGAACCUAAAGGGUUCGUUUACCGACCUGACCCCGGAGAAGUUUAUUCGGAUAGUCAUCAUCGCCGGGGCCUACAUGCUUCUAAGGCCAUACCUGAUCAAGCUCGGCGGGCGGGCUCAAAUGAAAUCGCAUGAGGAGGAAGCCGCCCGGGCCGACGCUGAAGCGAAGGCCAAGAUCUCGCCCAAUGAGUUGCGCGGGAGAGUUGAGAUUCCCGAAGACACCGACGAGGAGGAUGAAGCGACGGGAGAAUCGUCCGGCCCUGACUGGGGCAAGAAGGCGAGAAGGCGACAGCGUGAGAUGAUCAAGAAGCUGCUGGAUGCGGAGGAGCGACGGCUGCGGGAAAGUCAGGAGGAAUUGGAAGACAAAGACAUCGAGGAGUUUCUGGUCAAGGAAUGAUAUGGCGAGAUCUCCUAGUACCAGGAUAAUACGUACAUACACUGCUGCUCCUGCGUCCUGCACCUCACCGUUCAAGCUUGCUAGGCAUAUGCAACUAUCGCAUGUCAGAAGAUUCCAUUAUAGGGGAAGUCC